GGUGACUUUCUCGCUAUGCCUUAUGGGAGAAGGGGAGAAGGGAGGCUGCUCGGUUCGCAGUUGGGUUUCUAGAGACGGCGCUUCUUCACGCGUCCAUUGCCUUAGCGUGUUGCCCCCUUAUAACAACAACCCUGUGAGAUCCCUCCUUUAGCUAUGGAAGAGAGCAACCAGGAAUGAGAGGGAGAUCCUCUCCAGCCUCUCCGAAGAAGUAGUCAUGUUGGAGGGAUUGGUAGCCUGGGUUCUCAACAACUACCUAGGCAAAUAUGUCAGCAACCUGAACACGGAUCAACUGUCAGUAGCUCUUCUAAAAGGUGCUGUAGAGUUGGAAAAUUUACCGUUAAAGAAAGAAGCCUUGAAGGAUUUGUUGCCAUUUGAGGUCAAAGCUGGUUUUAUUGGCAAGAUAACACUACAGAUACCGUUUUAUCGCCCCCAUGUUGAUCCAUGGGUGAUAUCAGUGUCAAAAUUGCACCUUAUUGGCUCACCGGAAAAGCAAGAAGAUUUUGACGAAGAAAAAGAGAGGCUCUUUGAACGAGAAAGCAAGAAAACUAUUUUACGAGCGCUGGAAGAAAAAUGGAGAAAAGAACGGGAGCAGAUAGCAGAAUCUUACUGGUAUUCAGUCACUGCGUCUGUCGUCGCGCGGAUUGUAGAGAACAUCGAAUUAAACAUUCAAGAUGUCCACCUGAGGUUUGAGGAUGGCAUCACAAACCCUUCACAGCCGUUCGCAUUUGGAGUCUGCAUAAAAGAUGUAUCCGUGCAAAAUGCUGUCAAUGAGCCGGUGGAGGACCUAAUGAAGAAAAAGCAGCUGGAGAUUGCUGACUUCAGCAUCUACUGGGAUACUGAUUGUGCUUUAAUGGGAGACCUGCCACCUGGGGAGCUGCAGGAAGCAAUGGAUCGAAGCAUGAAGAGCCGAGACCAUAACUACGUCAUGGAGCCUGUGCGUACCUCUGCUCUUCUCAAAAGAAACUGUUCUAAGGAGCCCUUGAAAUCGCGGAAUACUCCACGGCUGGAGUUUGACAUUCAGCUGGAGACGAUACCGCUGAAACUUUCCCAGGCACAAUACCGACAAAUAAUGGACUUCCUGAAAGAACUGGAUCGAAAAGAGCGACAGCUUAAAUUCAGGAGAUGGAAGCCAAAGGUCUCAGUAGCUGGAAACUCCCGAGAAUGGUGGCUUUUUGCUCUGAAUGCGCACAUUGUAGAGAUCCGAGAGCAGAGGGAACGUUGUUCCUGGGAGUUUGUGUUGCAUCGGGCCCAAGAUGCUGUGCUGUAUACAGACCUGUAUUAUAAGAAGUUGAAAGAAGUGCAGCUGUCUGAUGAGGAGCAGGAUGAGAUGGAGCGCAUUGAGGAUGAACAAACAUUUGAGGAGCUGAAAAUCUUACGUGAGAUAGUGUAUGACAGAUUCCGUGAACUUGCUGAGAGCAUUAAGGAGCCCCUGUUUGAUACCUUAGAGGGAGCGGCUGAAACUGAUCCGGAUGUUGGCAGAGGCAAUAGCGGAAUGCUUCAAUAUCUUCAGUCCUGGUUUCCUGGGUGGGGUGGCUGGUACGGCUAUUCUCAGGAAACAGGAGGACUGCUUUCAGAAACACCAGAACAAUGGAGACCAGAAGAUGUCACUGGUGCCGAAGAGUUCUUUGAUCCAACUGCUGAUGUAUCUACCAUAAAUACCUUCACAAAGAGGGAUCAUGUCUUGGCAAAGUUAAAUCUCCAACUGCAAGGUGGCUCUGUCACCUUGCUACACGUGGGCAAGAAGAGCCUACAGGCCAAUGAAAGAGCUUUCAUGCAGCUGGAAUUUUCAGGAGUAACCAUCUUAGCAGAAUCUCUUCCUCGGAGGAAUUCAUCCCUUUUCAAGGUUCAGCUUGGUAGCCUCUUCCUGCGAGAUUUAGCAACAGAAGGAACCAUAUUUCCUGUCCUUGUCUUCCCUAAUCCUCAAAAGGAAGUUGGCUGCGUCUCCUCCAUCGGUCUCCAUGCUUCCUCUUCGGACAUGAGUAACCAGAGCUCUGCUGCUGAUCCUGCUGUUCCAGUGUUUGAGAUGCUGUAUGAGAGAAACCCAGUUCGCAGCAAUUUUGAGAGACGCCUGGAAGUCAGUACCCGACCUCUAAAUAUUAUUUACAAUCCACAAGCCAUUAAGAAAGUAGCCGAUUUCUUCUACAAGGGAAGGGUUCAUACCUCAGGUUUUGGAUGUCAGUCUGAGCUUGAGCUGAGAGUGGCUGAAGCUGCCAGGAGACAAUACAACAACCUCAAAAUGCAGACGAAAGCUGAAAUCAGGCAAACCAUUGAUCGCUUGCUUGUAGGGGAUUUCAUUGAAGAAAGCAAGCGUUGGACAGUCUGCCUUGAUAUUUCUGCCCCUCAAGUGAUCUUUCCUGAUGACUUUAAAUUUGCUGAUCCUGUUUUAGUGGUGAUUGAUUUGGGAAGAAUGUUGCUUACCAAUACGCAAGCAGAGCAUAAAAAUAAAAGUUCUGGUGCUCCAUCUUCAGAGCUGAGUGAGCUGAGUGAUGACGAGUAUAAAACACCUCUUGCAACCCCUCCGAGUAGCCCACCUCCUGAAGUCAGUGUGGCUGGUGAGAACAAAACCCUCAAGUUCAUGGGGGUAGAAAUCAGUGAAGAGCAACUGCAAGCGCACUUGAUGAGUAAAAAAAUGUAUGAGACCUACAGUUUGUCCUUCAUGGAUCUUCAGAUCAUGGUUGGACGAGUGAAAGACAAUUGGAAACAUGCCCAGGACAGCGACGUUGGCCCAACCCACGUGGUGGAGAAAUUCAAUGUCCAUUUGCAGCUAGAACGCAGGUUGAUAUACACUUCUGAUCCCAAGUACCCUGGAGCUGUUUUGUCUGGGAAUUUGCCCGAUUUGAAAAUACAUAUCAAUGAGGAUAAAAUCAUGGCACUGAACAACUGUUUUGGAAGGCUGAGCACACCUGACACCGAAGCCUCAGUCACUUCACAGAUAGGGAAGGAGAUGACUCUUUCAGAUCUGGACCAGCGUGGAAGUUUGCAUAGUUCUGUAGUGAAUUUAACUCAGAGUGUGAUGGUGGUAGAACAACACACUAAGGAAGUCCUUGUAGAAUCGCAACUGCUUUUAGCAGAGUUCCAAGUUAACUUUAUGCAACUAGCGGUUGAAAGCAAUGGCCGGUAUAUCUCUGUCCUCAAGGUUUUUGGCACGAAUGCCCAUUUUGUGAAGAGGCCUUAUGAUGCAGAAGUCUCUCUCACAGUUCAUGGGUUGCUGCUGGUUGACACUAUGCAAACCUAUGGCUCUGAUUUUGACCUCUUGAUGGCUUCUCACAAGAAUCUUAGUUUUGAUGCUCCCACAGGAAGCCUCCGGGACAGCAGGGCACAGUCCCCUGUUGGUGGGCCUGGUGAGGCCCAUCCUUUUGGCAGGGUGCGCUUGACUGAAAAAUAUGCUGUGGGGUCAAGCGAGUUGCCCGGCCACUUCCUCCAAAAUGACGAAUCCUUAAUUAAAUUAGAAUACCAGUUUGUGAGUGCAGAAUGCCCCUCUAUGAACCUGGACAGCAGUCUCCAAGUGAUAUCAGUCCAGAUGAACAACUUGGAUAUCAUUCUGAACCCAGAGACGAUAGUUGAACUGAUUGGUUUUCUCCAGAAAUCCUUCCCGAAGGAGAAAGAUGAUUGGAGCCCUCAGCCACUGAUGACUGAUUUAGAAAGAAAUUUCAGCGAGCAGGAAACCUUCCAGUCCACCUAUGCCCAGAGUACAGAAGUAGCAGUGGACAUCCGUUGGUUAAACAUACUUCUUCUUCGGACGGUUACAUUGAUAAAUGGGGAAAAGCUUGGCCGGAAAAUUGCAACGGCGAGUAUUGGGGGCACCAAAGUGAACGUCUCCAUGGGCAGCAGGUUGGAUGUAAAUGGCUCCCUUGGAUGCUUACACCUUAUGGACCUGACUCAGGACAACAUGAAAAACCAGUACGUAGUGAGCAUUGGGAAUACAGUAAGGUAUGAAAACCUCAUCCGCAGUAUGGGCUGCUUCAAGCCUGCCUUUCCCCAGUUUGAUGACACAAGUAGCUUUCCUGAUGCCUUGAGCUUCACUUUCUUAGAGCAGUCGAAAGAGGAGUGUUCGCUUCACCUCAGGAUGGCGUCGUUGCAUUACAACCACUCAGCUAAGUUCUUGAAAGAGAUCACCUUAUCCAUAGACGAGCUGGAGGAGAACUUCUGCAGCAUGCUGAAGAGCGCAGCAACCAAAGUGACUACUGUCUUGGCCACAAAGACUGCUGAGUACAGCGAAAUGGUUUCUCUGUUUGAUACAGUGCCUCGGUUCAGGGACCCCUUUAACUUGGAAAACAGUGAAGGAGAGGAGGCCAUUCCAGCAUGCCCCAAAACUGAAACUAUUAAGCUCAUUUUAAAUGUGAAUAUUGAAUCCCCAGUUGUAUCCAUACCCAGGAAACCAGGCAGCCCGGAGCUGCUGGUAGGACAUCUAGGACGAAUAUCAAUCCAGAAUUUUGUGGCUGGAGAGGACAAUCUGAGAAGCGACAGGCUUCAAGUUGAAAUCAGAGAUAUUAAAAUGUAUUCUCUAAACAGCAGCCAUUUAGCAGCUGAGAAAGAAGCUACUUCUGAGGUUCCAGAUGCCUUACACCCUUCUUCGGGCAUUUCCAGAAGCAGCAGUAGCCAGGAUGAUCCUCAGUUCACUCGUCAUGAUUUCUUUGAGUCCUUACAUAAAGGCCAUGCUUUUCAUAUUUUGAAUAAUGCUACUAUCCAUUUCAAACUGGAGAAGAUUCCCACAGAGAGUGAAGCAGAGUUGGCGUUCUCUGUGAGCAAUGGCACUGAAGUUUCAAGCCUCAUGCGGAUUGAGGGGAAAUUUGUCAACCCUCUGCGGGUGGUGCUGGCAAAACACGUGUAUGAGCAGGUCUUGCAAACUCUUGACAACUUAGUUUGCAAUGAAGACUUGACCAAGCCACCAUCCAGCUUCCCAUCCUCCACAUAUCCCGGCUCCAGCUCGCCGUCUGGAUCGCUCCGUAGCACAAGCACAGAGUUCUGCUUCGAUAGGAAGGAAAACGGGCUCUUCAGUCACUCCAGCUUUUCAACUUCAAUGAACAAAUUUGUGCCUGUCAAGGAAGUGGCGCAGUCUUUUACCCAGAUACAAGCCACCUUUCACAUCUCUGAGCUCCAGGUUCAGCUGAGUGGUGACCUGACACUUGGAGCGCAAGGUCUGGUUAGCUUGAAAUUUCAGGAUUUUGAUGUUGAGUUUGCCAAGGACCAUCCUCAUACUUUAUCAAUUCAGAUUGCAUUACGUUCUCUGCUGAUGGAGGAUCUUCUGGAGAAGAAUCCAGACUCUCUGUAUAAGAACCUCAUGGUGUCACGGGGAGCACCCAAACCAUCCAGUUUAGCACACAAGGAGUACCUUUCCCAGUCUUGUCCAUCAAUGUCUAACGUGGAAUAUCCAGACAUGCCUCGCUCCCUCCCUUCUCACAUGGAGGAGGCUUCCAAUGUCUUCCAGCUGUAUCAGCGGCCCACCUGUGUCCCCCACAGGAAGCACAAAGAAGAUGUAGACUCGGGUUAUCCGUGCACACCGCCCCCUUCUCCCACCGCUGACAAAUCAACUAUGUCUUGUGAAAAGAGUGACUUUGACGAUUCCUUGGUCCAUAUCAACAUGUUGCUGGUGGACAAGAAGCACCCGGAGUUCUCUUCUUGUUACAACAAAAUCAACCGCAGCGUGGACGUUGACUUUAACUGCUUAGAUGUCUUAAUAACUCUGCAAACCUGGGUGGUGAUACUGGACUUCUUUGGGAUUGGAUCCACUGCUGAGAAUCAUAGCCUGAAGCCGCAGUCGGAAGGUGUUCAGCACACUGUUAAAUCGGAAGCAAACAUAUUGUCGGCCUUGGAAGGCCAGGAUCCUGUGAAUACCAAACUGGAUCUGAAGGUCCAUUCCCUGUCCUUGGUUCUAAAUAAGACAACCAAUGAACUUGCUAAAGCGAAUGUAUCCAAGCUGGCUGCUCACGUGGAAAUGAUUGAAGGAGACCUGGCCCUUCAAGGAAGCCUUGGCAGCCUAUCCUUAAGUGAUCUCACCUCCCAUGGAGAGUUCUACCGGGAACGCUUCACUACCAGUGGCGAAGAGGCACUCAUCUUUCAGGUCUACAAGUACGGUCGGCCUGAUCCCUUGCUGCAGAGAGAUUGCGACGUGCGUGUCAGUCUCCAGAUGGCGUCAGUGCAGUACGUCCACACGCAGCGCUUUCAAGCAGAAGUGGUGUCUUUCAUCCAGCACUUCACUCAGCUACAGGAUGUCUUGGGGCGCCAGAGAGCUGCAAUCCAGGGACAGACGGUAAGAGAUCAGGCCCAGCGAGCUGCCAGAGUCCUCCUGGACAUUGAAGCUGGCGCUCCUGUCCUCCUCAUUCCUGAAAGCUCCAAAUCCAGCCAUCUUAUUGUAGCCAACCUUGGGAAGCUGAAAGUCAAGAACCGGUUCCUCUUUGCAGGCACCUCCGGUACCUUCUCACUAAAAGAAAAGCAGGAUUCUGUUCAGUUUUCUUCACCGCUGGGUACCCCAAAGCACAGCACAAAGAAAACGCCAAGUGCUGAUGAGUCCAAGAUGGUACCAAGUUCCUCUGAAGGGUUGUUCAUGAAACUGUCCUCCUCCGGACCGAAUCUGAGCCGACUGAAAAGUGAGCCUUCAACGAAUGCUUUGGCGAAGCCGCCAAAGGCAUCCACUUUGACACCCCUAGAUAGUCCUGAGGAACAGACCUGCCUGCUAGACUGCAUUGUGGUUGACCUGCAGGACAUGGAUAUUUUUGCUGCUGAAAGGUGCUCAAGAGAAUACUCAAAAGCUAUGGAAGAUGCGAGUGCUGAUCUGAUCUUCCCAUCCUUUAUCGUCAGGCAGACAGGGGGGAGCCUCUUGACCGAACCCUUCAGACUGAAGUUGCAAGUAGAAAGAAACUUGGACAAGGAGAUAAGCCACGCAGUCCCUGAUGUAUCCAUUCAUGGCAUCGUAUCGUCAGUCCAUUGCUCUCUGGAUCUGAGCAAAUAUACACUGAUUCAUGGACUCUUGGAGAAUAAUCUGGGGGAGCCAACAGAAGAAUUCAUGCGGCCUUAUGACUUACAGGACCCAAGGAUACAUACUGUGUUGAGUGGUGAAGUCUACACUUGCAUGUCUCUCCUCAUUGACAUGGUCAACGUGAGUCUGGAGCUGACUAAUCCCCAGGGGAAGGAUGGCUCACUAGCCAGGUUUGACUUUAAGAAGUCUAAACUGCUCUUUGAGAGUUUUUCGAAUCAAACCAAAUCCACCAACUUGGUUUCACAUUCCAUGAUGGCAUUUGACACGCGAUACGCUGGGCAGAAGAUGACGUCGGGAAUGCCGAACGUGUUUAAUUGUAUCUUCCAGUCGUCCAAGAACAGCAACACCCAAGGAGCGAUACAGAUCGAACUGCAUUACAGAUCUACCAAGGAUUCCUCCUGCUUCACAGUGGUCCUCAACAACCUUCGCGUGUUCCUCAUCUUUGAUUGGUUAGUGCUUGUCCACGACUUCCUCCAAACGCCAAGCAACGCUAAAAAGCAGGCCAACCUCACCCCUUCUCAACAGCGCAAUUACAGCAGUGAAGCGGCAGUCAUUCCCAAAGCAGUGAAAUGUGGAAUAGUUACAAAACGUUCUUCUCUUCAGAUCUCCACUGAAAAACAAUUGGAAGUCAAGGUUAACGUGACAGAUACUGAAUUUGUGGUGGUUGAAGACAUGUCUUGUGUGGACACCAAUGCAGUUAUUCUGAAGGGGACCACGGUUCUCACAUACAAACCCAAACUUGUAGAUCACCCUUUCUCAGGCAGUUUGUCUGGCAUUGAGGUUUUUUCAUGCCGCCUGGGAAAUGAGCAGGAGACGGCACUCUCCAUCAUCGAUCCUGUACUAAUUCAAGUUGAACUUGUGGGGAAUUCUUCAUAUCCAAGCGGCUCGGGAUUGUUGGAUGCCUUCAACAGUGAAGAUUUCCCACCUGUUUUAGAGAUUCAGUUACAAGCAUUGGAUAUCAGGCUGUCUUAUAAUGAUGUCCAGCUGUUUCUGGCCAUUGCAAAGUCCAUUCCUGGUCAGACCAGCAAUGCUGUGUCGGACUCCUCUGCUUCAGAUGUCACGGUUACAGCUUCUACUUCCACUGCUUCAUCUUGGGCAAAUGAGAUCUCAGGAGAAACCAUAGAAACAUGCAAGCACACUUUGGAUCCCGUUCUUGAGUUGCAACUGGCUCGACUGCAGGAAUUGGGGUUUAGCCUAGAUGACUGCCGCAAAGCUUUGCUGGCGUGCCAAGGUCAGCUGAAGAAGGCAGCAAGUUGGCUGUUCAAGAAUGCCGAGCCUUUGAAAUGCAUGCCGUUGGACUCCAGCAACCAGGAUGGCCAAGGCUCUGUGGCUCUGCGCUUGAUCUCUGGAGUAGAAAUUAAAGCAGACAGCAUCUGUAUUUGCUUUAUCGACGACUGCAUGGACUGCGACGUUCCAUUAGCUGAAUUAACCUUUUCACAUCUGAAUUUUCUCCAGCAUCUAAGAGCCAGCCCUGAAGGCUAUGCGCAUUUUACACUCUCAGGAGAUUAUUACAACCGUGAGCUUUCUGGCUGGGAGCCUUUUAUCGAGCCCUCACCGUGCUCUGUAACCUGGCAGCAGCAAUUAGCCAGCCGCCUCCACCCUUCUCGGUUGAAGCUGGAAGUGAAAGCGAAACACCGUUUGGACAUCAACGUAACUUCUGUGUUACUCGAGCAAUAUGCCAGUACCAAACAAUCAUGGAUGGCUGAUUAUUGCAAGCAGGAGAAGGAAGUGGAGGAAGUUGAAUCUGAGGAUUGGAUGGGUUCGUCCGUUGAUCCUCCGUCCUUCGGGCAAAGCCUUCCUCUUGUCUACCUUAGAACUAGGAGUACAGCCAGUCUGACUAACCUAGAACACCAGAUGUAUGCUAGAGCUGAAAUGAAGGCCCCGAAGCGCAGGCAGCCCUUUGUGCCAUUUGCCUUGCGGAAUCACACCGGUUGCACUCUGUGGUUUGCCACUUUGACAACAACUCCAACCCGCGCCGCACUCUCUCACAGCGGAAGCCCUGGAGUCAUCCCAGAGGAAAAUGGAACGUUUCUGGAUGGCACGCAUAAAGUCAGUGAGUGGCACGAGGUUCUUACUGGCGAAGAGGUUCCAUUUGCAUUUGAAGCCAAAGGGAAAUUGAGACACAGGCACACACACGAUCUGAGAAUUCAUCAGCUGCAAGUGAGAGUAAAUGGCUGGGAACAAGUCAGUCCAGUAUCGGUAGACAAAGUAGGAAUAUUUUUCCGGUAUGCGGCUCCUGAUAAGAGUACAUCUUCCUCUACUGUUGGCAGCCCGAUUAGCAAAACAAACAUCAUACAUCCACACGUUUAUUUUUCUUCAUUGCCUCCGGUUCGAGUGGUGUUUGCUGUGACCAUGGAAGGCAGCGCUCGGAAAGUGAUAACUGUGCGCUCAGCCCUGAUAGUGAAAAACAAGCUGGAGACGCCUAUGGAACUCCGCUUAGACAGCCCUUCAGCUCCUGACAAACCUGUAGUGCUGCCGGCAGUGAUGCCUGGGGAUUCCUUUGCUGUUCCCCUGCAUCUGACAUCCUGGAGGCUUCAGGCCAGGCCAAAGGGGAUGGGGGUCUUCUUCUGCAAGUCUCCAAUCCACUGGACGAACGUGCAGAAGACCUCGGAGGUCAGCAGCAGCAAACGAGAGUGCCACGCGAUGGAGUCUGAAAACAGCCGUUUCUUCAGGUUUUGUGUCGCUAUAAAGAAAGAGAAUUAUCCAGAUUACAUGCCCUCCAGCAUAUUCUCUGACAGCGCUAAGCAGAUCUUCAGGCAGCCUGGGCACACCAUUUAUCUCUUGCCGACUGUGGUGAUCUGUAACCUGUUGCCUUGCGAACUGGAGUUCUAUGUUAAAGGGGUGCCAAUUAAUGGGGCACUGAAACCUGGCAAAGAGGCAGUGUUGCAUACAGCGGACACUUCACAGAACAUUGAGCUUGGAGUCUCCCUCGAAAACUUUCCACAGUGCAAGGAGCUUUUAAUACCUCCUGGAACACAAAACUAUAUAGUGCGGAUGCGAAUGUACGACAUUAACAAGCGGCAAUUGAAUCUCACUAUAAGGAUUGUGUGUCGAGCUGAAGGGUCCUUGAAGAUAUUUAUUUCAGCACCAUAUUGGCUCAUCAACAAAACAGGGUUGCCGCUGAUCUUUAGACAAGACAAUGCCAAGAUCGAUGCGGCAGCGCAGUUUGAGGAGCACGAGCUUGCCCGGAGCCUGAGCCCUCUCCUCUUCUGUUACGCCGACAAAGAACAACCUAACCUUUGCACAAUGAGAGUUGGAAGAGGGAUCCACCCUGAAGGUAUGCCCGGCUGGUGCCAGGGCUUCUCGCUGGACGGAGGCAGUGGCGUCAGAGCCCUUAAAGUUAUCCAACAAGGAAACCGACCGGGCCUUAUCUAUAAUAUCGGUAUUGAUGUCAAGAAGGGUAGAGGUCGCUACAUUGACACCUGUAUGGUAACAUUCGCCCCUCGCUACCUAUUAGAUAAUAAAUCCAUGCACAAGCUUGCCUUUGCACAGCGGGCAUUUGCCAGAGGACAGGGCACUUCCAAUCCAGACGGCUACAUCUCCACCCUCCCUGGUUCCAGCGUCGUCUUCCACUGGCCGCGCAAUGAUUACGACCAACUACUUUGUGUUCGGCUAAUGGAUGUUCCAAACUGCAUUUGGUCUGGAGGUUUUGAAGUCAACAAGAACAACUCCUUCCAUAUCAACAUGAGGGACACCCUUGGGAAAUGCCACUUCUUACGAGUAGAGAUCACUCUUAAGGGAGCUACAUACCGUGUUUCGUUCAGUGACACCGAUCAGUUACCACCUCCAUUCCGCAUAGACAACUUUUCUAAGGUCCCGUUAGUGUUUGCUCAGCAUGGUGUUGCAGAACCACGGCUCAGCACUGAAGUCAAGCCAGGGACCUCUCUGGAUUAUGCCUGGGAUGAACCUGCUCUCCUGCCUUACAUAACCCUGACGGUGAAAGGAGCUGGCUCCUCUGAAAUCACUUGCAGCAUGGAUGAUUUCCAAGACAGCAAGCAGCUCUAUUACGAAAACUUCAUUUAUAUUGCUGCAAUGUAUACUUUCUCAGGUCUGCAGGAAGAAACUGGAAGGCCGGUAGCUUCGAAUAAGGAGGUUGAUUGUGCUGAGCUUGUCUUGGAUGUUUCUCUGAAGACGCAGAGAGUCAUACUGAAGAAAAAGGAGCCAGGGAAGCGCUCUCAGUUGUGGAGAAUGACAGGCACAGGAAUGCUUUGCCACGAGGGCUCCGCUGUUCCUCACCAUCCAAAUAAACCUUCCCCUCCUCGCUCUACAGAAUCCUGCCUGAUCCUGGACAUCGCAGGCCUGGCUGCCGUCACAGAUAACAGGUAUGAGCCUCUGAUGCUGAGAAAGCCAGACCGACGGCGUAGCACUACCCAGACGUGGAGUUUUCGGGAUGGGAAGCUGGUCUGUGGCAUGCACGGGCUUGUCGUUCAGGCAAAAGGAGGGAUAGCAGGGCUACAUGAUGGAGCAGAAGUCGUUCUUGGACCUGACACUUCCCUGGAAAUGUUGGGCCCAGUUCCACCAGAACAACAGUUUGUCAAUCAGAAGAUGAGGCCUGGCUCCGGAGUUUUGGCAGUCAGGGUCAUUCCAGAUGGCCCAACUAGAGUCCUACAGAUAACAGACUUUAACCAACGCAGAAACGAUCGUUUCUCAUCUGAAGGGGAUGAGCUGGAACAAGAUCUACGGAAGCUGAAGAAUCCAGAAACAGAGCAAGAAUUGGAAGUCCAGUUGAAAUUAGAAGGUGGAAUAGGUUUGUCUUUAGUUAACAAAGUCCCGGAAGAGCUGAUAUUUGCAAGCUUCACUGGCAUUAACGUCCAUUUCACGCAGCUGUCAAUGAGUCAAUUGCUUGAACUGAGUGUACAGGAUAUGCAGGUGGACAACCAGCUCCUUCGCACCACUCAGCCUUUCAUGCUUUUCCUGACCCCCAAAACUGGUGAAAAUGAAGCAGCAGAAACAGGGCCUGCCGUGCAAUUGAAUGCCAUGAAAUUUCCCAGUAAGAGCCCUUUAACUGAUAUAUACAAGCAUCUGAUGAUCACAGCUAGUAAGUUCACAGUCCAAAUUGAGGAGAAGCUUCUCCUUAAACUUCUGAGUUUCUUUGGCUACGAUCAGUCAGAAUCAGAGGUUGAAAGUUACGAUGAAAACCUUCACGAAAAGCCUGUUGAUCAAGGUGGAGCCCUGAAGCGGUAUUACUUUGAAAACCUCAAGAUUAGUGUGCCUCAGAUAAAGCUGAGUGUCUUCACGUCCAGCAAGCUCCCCUUGGAUCUCAAGGCCCUGAAAAGCACCCUAGGCUUCCCACUGGUCAGGUUUGAAGAUGCCGUGAUUGACCUGGAUCCCUUCACCAGAGUCCAUCCUUAUGAGACGAAAGAGUUUAUCAUUAACGAUAUUCUGAAGCACUUCCAAGAAGAGUUGCUUAGCCAAGCGGCAAGGAUCCUGAGCUCUGUGGACUUCCUUGGCAACCCGAUGGGUCUCCUGAAUGAUGUUUCGGAAGGUGUUACCGGGCUAAUAAAAUAUGGAAAUGUUGGUGGCCUUAUAAGGAACGUCGCUCAUGGGGUGUCAAACUCUGCUGCAAAGUUUACUGGGACUUUAUCCGAUGGGUUGGGGAAGACCAUGGAUAAUCGGCAUCAAACAGAACGAGAAUACAUUCGAUACCAUGCUGCAACAAGCGGGGAACAUCUUGUGGCUGGCAUCCAUGGACUAGCUCAUGGCAUCAUUGGUGGAUUGACAAGUGUAAUAACCUCAACGGUAGAAGGUGUAAAAACAGAAGGGGGAGUCAGUGGCUUUAUAUCCGGCCUUGGGAAAGGACUCGUCGGAACGGUGACCAAACCGGUGGCUGGUGCUCUGGAUUUUGCCUCUGAAACAGCCCAAGCUGUGAGAGAUACAGCCACGCUUACAGGCCCCAGGACACAAGCUGAAAGAGUGAGGAAGCCACGGUGUUGCAGGGGACCACAAGGACUCCUGCCUCGAUAUUUGGAGAGCCAGGCAGAAGGACAAGAGCUGCUCCUAAAGCUGACAGAGAACAUUCAGGAUGAGUUCUUCAUUGCAGUGGAGAACAUAGACAGCUAUUGUGUUAUCAUUUCCUCCAAAGCUGUUUAUUUCCUGAAGAGUGGGGACACGAUGGACCGCGAGGCCAUCUUCCUGGAGGUCAAGUACGGUGAUCUCUAUCAUUGCCUUAUCUCAAAGGACCACGGGAAGGUCUAUGUACAGCUGACAAAGAAAGCUGUGAAUUCAAGCAGCGGGGUAUCGAUGCCUGGCCCAUCUCAUCAGAAGCCCAUGGUCCAUGUGACGUCUGAGUCCCUUGCAGUCAAACUGUCUCAAGAAAUCAACUAUGCAAAAAGCCUUUUCUAUGAACAGCAGCUUAUGUUGAGAUCCAGCGAACACCAAGACCAACUGGAACUGGACUCCUGACCCAGAUGAACGAAAUCUUAACGGGGAAGCUGCCCCUCUGCUCAGUAAAAAGCUGGGCUAUCACCUGGGUGUUCAAAAGUGGGUUCUGCGAGGCUAGUAAGCCCAAGGCUUUGGAACCAAAAGAGUUUUGCAGUGAGGGCAAUACAAAGAUCAAAGACACGUUUGACGUACAUUUAGCUCUAGGGAAAGCCCUGUAUUUUCUUACUCUCUGUGUGUAUAUAUACCUAUACAUAUAUAGAUAUAUAUGUGUGUAUGUACAACUGUGUUUGGUGUAAAUAAGAAAGUAUACAGGGUGUUGUGAAGGGUGUAUAAAGGUCUAUUUCGUGUAAAGAAAUUAAAGGAAAGGUUAUAUUGA